AUGCUGUAUCUUAUUCCUCUCGUACUGCCCAUGGCCCUCGCAGUCGUCGACUGCGAGCACUGUGAGGUGAAGAGUGCCAGCAUGAUCCAACGGAACAUGCAGAAGCAUGGCGACUUGAAGGCACAAUCUUGUAUCGCUUCGACUACGGCCACCUGCGACACGUCCGCAAAAGCCUUCGACGUUGAGAGCGUGCUGGGUCGCAUCCACCAGCAGCCUACCAGUGGUGCCAAACUUGCUCUGCUGCGCAAGUAUGGUCGAGAGCUUGCGUCCUACGUGGGCGAGAGUCGUAACCACACGGAGAUCAUGAAGAACGGAACGAUUGACCUGCACACCUUGAUCAACGACCUCAUCCAAAAGCUGCUCGCCGAGUUGACGGAAUUCCAGGCAUCCAUCAAUGCGUCUGUGGAUUCCUUUGCGAGCUGUGGCGAUCACCUGAAGCUGAACCAGGCAUUGGUCCAAAACCAGUCUACUGCCAUGGCUAACACUUUGCGGCUCCGCUCGGAGACAGACUCAACGAUCACUGUCAGCGGAGACUUGGGACCGACGGUCGACCUUGCGAACACGGAGGGCACCCGACUGAAAAACCUCAUCGAUGAAAAGGUCAUUCAGUACACCCGCCAGCUGAACACCGUCGUCAUGGCUGUGAAUGAGGAGAAGCUUGCCAACCAGAGCCUUCAGGAUGCAAAGGACGCAGCGCUGGCGCUCUAUUCCAGUUGCGAAUGCCUCGUGAAGGAACAGCACGACAGCCUAGUGACCUCCGUGAACAGCAGCAGCCGCCUGGUGCAGGACAACAUCAAUCUUCUGAAGUACAUGAGCUGCAGGCUGCACAAUGGAAAGUCAUCAGACAGUUGCAACAUGAACGGCGACGGCGGCAACAGCAUCGACUUCCGCGCUGGGGAAGUCGUGUUGGCAGCAGAUGCCACUUGUGACCAGAGCUCGCAAGGCUCGGGUCCGCCACAUGGGCCUCCAGUCAAUCACCCGUUCAUAGACUUUGCAUCAACUUGUUCCUGCACUACGGGCCAGAACGACGCUUGCAACACAAAGUGCCACGGUCCGCAGGAGGAGGGUGGGCAGACCUGCUUCACCUACACAGAUCUGGGGUCCCUGACCUGGAGAGCUUGCAUGCAAGAAGCCUCAAGGCUCGGUGCGACCCUGUGUUCGGAAGAUUACACCGAAAAGGGUGGAUGGGGGGGACAUCGGCACGGCAACGAAGCUGAGCAGUUUAACCGUUUUUAUUCGGUGCAGUUCACCCCCAUCACGAACACUGCAAAGUGCGUCGUUGGCAAGCUUGACCGGGUGACCAUGAUGGACAGAUCCGUUUGCUCAGAGAAGGCCGAGUAUGAUGGAGACAUUUGGUGGUACCAUGAUGCUGGCGAGCUUUACUAUGAUGAGUGUGUGUACAUGGCCAGCAGUGCGGGCGCGACUGUCAUUGAUCCCUCCACAAUCGGCCAGGGUGAUGGGACGGGCUACUGGUUCUUCACCAGGCAUUCCGGAAACGUUUACCAAUACUGGACAGGUGCUGAUACGACCGGCAUGUUCAACGUUGGAUGUAAAUCUCGCGGUGGCCAGAAGAAGUGCAUGUUCGGCUUCAUGCAGGUCUGA